CUUGGGCCGUUACUGUCGUUAGUCGGACGAUCGUGAAGGUGAAGCUGCGUGAUGCGUGAAUCGCGCAACGAAUUCGCUCGCUGAUUGCUCAGGACGCUCAGCUCGUACGGUACGGUGGUGUCGGUGGUACGGACCGGUUGUGAACGGUGGUGUGGACUGUGGAGUGGACUCGUGGACUGUGGAGGUGGAGGUUGAACGCGCUAGGAAUCUACAUCGAAAGCGGCCGGGCGAAGUGUUUGCCGGAUUCUGCAUUCUGAUGUCAGUGCCAGUCUGCCAGCACUGCCACUACUGCCAGUGACACUCCGACUCCGAAUAACAGAAGUACGAGUGCAAACACGCCUCUGCGGGAAUUUUCUUUGUUCUCGAAAACACAAGUCUAGAAAGCGAAAGUGCUGCGAGCUUCGUCUUCGCCGUUCUCAAGCGUCUCCGAAAUCAAGACAAAUAUUUGGCGUAUCGAAGAAAAAGUCUGAGAAUGUCGAGCCCAAGAGGAUAUGCUCGCGAAGGCGAAAGAAUCGUAUUGAAAGAAAUAACCGCGACCCUCCAGAAUUCUUCACCGAUUCAGCUCUCUCGACGAAAGAGCGGCAACGAUAGUCCCGUGACUGUCCCGAAGACAACAGAGCAUGAGAUCAAGGUUCGUUUUGCCCGUGAGUUUGCCGAUGUAGGAUCGGUCACGGAAAAUCUCUGCUUGGCGCCGGAGAGUCUGUCGUCGGCCAGCAGUUUCCAUAGUCUCAGCAGCACUCUCAGUACCAAGAGCAGUAGCGGCAUAUGCCCCGAUUCGACACCCGAAACUCCAGAUGACGCCGCAGAUAUAUCAUAUGUGAACUCCAAUAUACCUGGUGUAGAGGACUUGAUUCUCGCGUGUGCAGACAUCCAUCUGGGAAGUGAAUACGACAGUCAGGAUCUCAGUCAAGAUCAGACCUUUGCAUCGGCCACAGACGAGACACCGUUUCCCACAAGCGAUUGUUCCCUUAACGAAGAUUUAUUGGACAGCACCGAUAACCAAACACAAGUGAUUGAGACGAGUUCUCAAUUACAUGGGACAACGUCCUUGAAUCAAACGCAUAUUUUGGGAUCGCCCAAUAACACACUUCCCGUUCAAGAUUCACAGUUCGUGAUUUCAUAUCCUCCUGCGGAAGAAUACGUACUACAAGUAGAAGAAUCGAUCGAUAAGCAUAUUCCACUACAGGAAAGUGCUAAUAUAGUGAGCGAGCUUGAAACGUGCAACGUUGCGAGUAGUAUUGUAAAAGAUUCACUGCCAACAAGUAAUGUGAAUGAUGAUCAGUUGAAUAUAACAACUACCGUUUCAACUGGUAAUAUAACUUUCAAUGUGAUCGCGCUUAGCGAAGAACAGGCAAUAGAAAACGAUUGCACCUCCGAAAUAUUACCUUUAAAAGAUCCACAGUUGUGUCCUACCGAAAUUUCUGUUCCGUCCAUAUCCUCAUUAGCGCAAUAUGCAGAUCUUUCGUUACCUAGUAUAUCCAGUAUAUCGUCGCCAUUAGAAGAUACUGAUAGUAACGCGAAAGAAACGGGUGUACAGGCUUUAUCGGAACCUAAGCAAGAUACAUCAACAGUAUUGUCACCUUCUGACAAUCUCGAUCAAAAAUUAUCGCAAAUAACUGUAAAUAAUUCUGUUGAUGAAGCAGAAAAGAACGAAAUUAUCAAAGAAGAGUUGCCUCAAUUGGAUAAUUGCAUUGUGUCAGAUAAAAAAGAUAACAUACAAUUACUAAAUAAGACUAGUAUUAUAGAACCAAACACUUUGGAAGCUAAACAGGAGGAAAACUUACAGACGAGUAUCGAUAAAAAAGAUUUAGAGACCGAGAAUAACGUGGUAUUGAAUGAAAUACAGAAGUUAAUUGAAGAAGAAAUUGCCAUAUGUAAUGAGACCCGUGUUAUAGAUAAACAAUGUAAUUUAUCAGAAACUGUAAUUAUAGAAAAAGAAAAAUAUAUUGCGGAGGGUGCAGCUGUGUCGAGUGCUGUUAAAGAAGAAACAUCCGUUGAAGAAGAACUCGAUCGUACGCUUACUUUACAAGAGAUAGAUAUAAACUUUGAACCUGAUGAAGAACAGUACGAGGAAUUUAAACCUCAACGACAAAGUACUACAUUGUCGUCAUUGAUUAAUGCAGAGUCGUAUUUUGAGGAAUUGAAAUCUACAGUUGACAAAGUUACUAGUGAGCUACUCAAUCCUUCACUGGAGCACACGGACGACACAGAUCAAUUUGUGAGCGCAACAUCUGAAAUUUUCCAGGAUCCUUCGACAUUUGAUUUCUUGUUAGCACGAAGUAAUUCUACGCAUUCAAAUCGUCUUAGAGCGGAAUCUUUGUAUGUUAAAUUUGACCCUUUGGUAUCGAACAUCAGCAUGUUGCCUCAAGGAAAUACCCAAACGAUAAACGAAGACAAAAAUGGCAAAAAUGAGUCGCCACUUCCUGAUGUCGGUACACCAAAACGUAAUCCUGCCAUAGCAGCUAUAGACAGACUGCUUUUUUAUAGUCCUCUUCCUAAUGCAACAGUGCAAAAGUCAGAGGAAGCGCAAGAAAAAAAUGAACAACCGGCAGAAGCGCCUAAAUCUGACGCACCACUUAUUGAUCAUAUAGAUAUGAGUAAAGAACUUGAACUUGUAAGAACGACGGUACUACAAUUGGAGGAAGAAUUAGAGAAACAGAAGAAAGAGCAUGAAGCAGAAUUGGAAAGACAGAAAGCAGAAUUGGAAAGACAGAAAGCAGAAUUGGAAAGACAGAAAGCAGAAUUCGAAAGACAGAAAGCAACCUUUCAGGAAAAAAUUAAUAAAUUACAGGCACAAAUGUCACAAGAGAUAAAAACCAAGACCCAGAUGACGGUUGUUGUGGAAGAGUACGAAAAGUCAAUUAGCAGAUUACUCACGGAGCGGGAAAGGGAUCGUACAAGCCUCGAACAAGACAAGGCAAAAUUGCAAGAAGAAUUGCAAGCUGCAAACCAUCAUCUAACUAAUACGGAAGCAGCGUUUAACGACGUCCACCAAAAGUAUGAGAGACUCAAAGGAGUUGUAUCGGCGUAUAAAAGUAACGAAACUGUAUUAAAAGAAAGUAUCCAAGAAAAUGUAGAAACCAUAAAAACAUUGGAAACACGAUACGAUCAGCUCAAGGAACAUGCAAUGACUCAACUAGAAAAAGCUAAUUUGGAGUUGGAUGGAAUACGAAAACAGAACGAAGCAGAAACAGUGAAGCUGCAUGCGAUGAUAAGGAAAGCAGAGCUUAAAAGCAAUUCGCUCGCUGAGCUUGUAGAACAGAAAACGAAGGAAAACAAAGAACUCGCGAAAAUCCUAGACGAAGUUAUCGCCAGGGUUGGUCACGGAAACUCUGAUUGAAAAUCAAGUAUCGCGAUUAGUCUUUAUUUUUUUACUUGUCCUUACUAUCUUAAAUACAAACUUAAAUAUGUUAGAUACGAUUGAUGUAUGGAUGUGCAUUAACUCGUAAAGUUAGUGCGUAAAAUUGCGUUUUGCUUCAGGAAAACGUCUUUUAUUAAUUAUUUAUAAGUUGUGAAAUAUAACUAUUUUAAAGCUAAUAAAACUAUGCUUAUUAAAAA